AUGGACGCCCCACCUUGCUCCCGGAAGAGAUCGAUGACGCAUUCCCACUUACGAGACCUGAUUGGGAUUUCACCACGGCUGAAGGAUGCUGACCAUACGUGGUACACCGAUGGUAGCAGCUACUUGGUGAACGGGGAACGGAAAGCUGGAGCCGCGGUCACUACGGAGGACAAAGUGAUCUGGGCAAGCGCCUUGCCUGUUGGUACCUCCGCACAGCGGGCUGAACUCAUUGCCUUAACCCAGGCGCUCAAAAUGGCAGAAGGUAAGAGGCUGAAUGUAUAUACAGACAGCCGCUACGCCUUUGCUACGGCACACAUCCAUGGAGAGAUCUACCGGAGAAGAGGGCUGCUCACAUCUGAGGGGCAUCAGAAGGGACACAGCCCCGAGGCAUGGGGAAAUCAGCUAGGUGACAUCUCAGCACGUGAGGCCACCAUGGGCACCCAAGUUCUGUCCUUAAAAGACCAAGAUCAGCCCACGUCUCCACAGCUGGAACAGACCGGUUGGCUCUACACCACGGAGGACACAAAGCUCCUACAGAAAAUGGGGGCCGUUUGGUGCCCACAACUAAAACGACGAGAAGAGAUUGACACCUACCUCCUGGGACGAGAUCAGGCCUUGCGGGAGGUGACUGAAAGCUGCAGGGCCUGUGCUCAGGUAAACCCAAGAAAAGCUAAAAUUGGACAAGGAGUCCGUCCCCGGACUGGUCGGCCUGGUACCCACUGGGAAAUUGACUUCACUGAAAUCAAGCCUGGUAUGUACAGACACAAAUACCUCUUAGUGUUCAUAGAUACCUUCUCCGGAUGGGUAGAGGCUUUCCCCACGAAACAUGAAACGGCCAAGGUGGUGACCAAGAAGCUCCUCGAAGAAAUCUUCCCCAGCACAUCUUCAGGCCCUACAAAUCAUGCAGAGAGACAUCUGAAACCUCUAGCCGCGGCCUACCAAGACAGGCUUGAACAACCGAAGGUGCCGCACCCGUUCCAGAUCAGAGACACCGUACUGGAGGUGGGGCGUAGGUGGGGGAUACGGUUGUAUACCCCUGGCCAAACUAACCCAGGACUUCUGUUCUCCCUCCAACUGGUGAGAGAACGGGUCACACAAGAGAUUGGUCCAAACCCAGUCCUCAUGGAUCAAAAGCCUCCUUCCCGACCAGCACCGGCACUGUCCCCGGUCGGACCCCCACUAUGGCUAAACACCACUCAGAACUCCGGGGAUAUCUUGACAACUCCCUCCCCGACUAGGGACCCUUCCACACCGGCCCCUCGGCUGCUAGGAACAGGAGACCGGCUAAUCAACUUAGUGACCGGGGCAUACUUGGCAUUCAAUUAUUCAGAACCUGACAAGACCCAAGAAUGGUGGCUGUGCCUGGUCUCUAGCCCGCCCUAUUAUGAGGAUGUGGCAGUCAUGGGGAAUUAUACUAAUCAGACCACGGCCCCGGCCAGCUGCACAACCCUCCCUAGCCAUAGGCUGACGUUGCCGGAAGUCUCAGGACAGGGACUCUAUAUAGGGACCAUACCCCCCACUCACCAGGUCCUCUGCGCUAUCACCAAGAGGAUCCCCACUGGAAGCUACUACCUAGCAGCUCCUACAGGCACCUAUUGGGCCUGUAACACUGGAUUGACACCUUGUAUCUCUGCUGCAAACCUCCGCAGAUCCUCAGACUACUGUGUACUGGUAGAAAUUUGGCCUAAGGUCACCUACCAUGGGCCCGAGUACAUAUACUCACAUUUUGAGGGGCUGACUCGAUUCAGGCGACAACCCAUCACCAUGACCCUAGCUCUACUCUUAGGAGGAAUCACCUUAGGAGGAAUGGCUGCAGGUAUAGGGACGGGGACCACCGCCCUCAUCGAGACGGGUCACUUUCGUCAGCUACAAGCGGCCAUGAAUGCAGAUCUAAAAGCUAUCGAGGAAUCCGUGAGUGCAUUAGAAAAGUCCUUAACAUCUUUGUCUGAAGUAGUCUUACAAAAUAGGAGAGGGCUAGACAUGCUGUUCCUUCACGAAGGAGGGCUAUGUGCUGCUCUAAAAGAAGAAUGUUGUUUCUAUGCAGACCAUACAGGAUUAGUGAGAGAUAACAUGGCUACGCUCCGAGAACGCUUGGCCCAGAGACAGAAGCUGUUUGAUUCCCAACAAGGCUGGUUCGAGGGGUGGUUUAACCGAUCCCCUUGGUUUGCUACCCUGGUGUCCACCUUGAUGGGACCCUUAAUCAUCCUCCUCCUAAUCCUCCUCUUUGGCCCCUGCAUUCUAAACAGAUUGAUGCAGUUCAUAAAGAACAGACUCUCAGUCAUUCAGACGCUUGUUCUCACCCAACAAUACCAGAGGCUAAAGAAUGUAGAUAAAGAGGACAUUAAAAUAUGGACAGAGACAGAUUAUUUCCCUGACAAAUAA